CAUGCUGAGUUCACAUACUCGUUUCUCUGAAAACCAUUGCUACAGCCAGUUAUCUACUUUGAAAUGUGUGUUCCGUGUCGGAAUGUCUGUUUUUGUUUUGGUCUGUGCCGCUCGUUGCCAAUUUACCUAAUAGUAUUUCGCCACCCCGAGUUGCCAGUUGGCGGAAAACAUUCAGCGAAUUGCAGCCAUGGAAGCCAGUAAACAAACUGGGUCAGAGGUCGCAGAUUCUACUCAACCUAAAAAGCCUCAGCAUCCAUCUAAAAAUCUCUAUGAAUGGGAGCAUAUUAAAAUGCAAUAUCAACUCAUCAUAAAUCAAUACAUCAACUAAUCAACUUACAGUUUGACUUCCAGUCACCAGUGAUAACAGAUCAGCACCAUUAAACUCAUAAAAGGAGUCUGAAUGACACACAUGUGACAGGUUUCCCAUUGCACUGCAUUCAGACGGGUCUCAUUCUGACACAAAGACUGUAAGAUACUUCACAGUCAAGGGACAUCCGGCCCUCAGUUUCAGAUGCUGCCUUUAGACUCAUUUAUCUACACCUUAAAGUCGAACCUUCACAGAAAGACAGUUUCACUUCACAUGCUCUAGAAGUUUCUCUUCCACUUGAGGAACAGACACAAAUAUGUGAGCGACAGACCGGUUGGAUUCUUCUCAGCUAACAGGAGCUCUUCCUAGUUCAUAAAUUCCCCCGCCAAAUCAAACAGAUUACGUAUGAAAUGGAGAAGUGUGACAGACCCAAACCAUCAGGAGAUUAUAGACCUCUAUAACCACACGUUUCACCUGAGUGACCCGUAAGACUGUGUGAAACUUGUCUGUCUCCCAUUUGACGCCGUUCAACCUGCGCUGGCGAGCGAGGAUGCGAGUGCCGGGCCGCGGCCGGUGAGGAUGUACGCGGCGUCCGGGAUGACGGAGUGCAAGGCGGAGGUCACGCCGUCAGAGCGUAAUGGGCACCGCGUGUUCAGCUACACGCUGGAGAGCCACACGGCGGCCGCCUUCACCAUCAUGAACGAGCUGCGGCUGGAGCGGCAGCUGUGCGAUGUCACACUGAGGGUCAAAUACAACGAGCUAGAGGCCGUGGACUUCGUGGCUCAUAAGGUGGUUUUGGCAUCGUCGUCGCCGGUGUUUCGCGCCAUGUUCACCAAUGGGCUGAAGGAGUGUGGGAUGGAAGUGGUGCCCAUCGAGGGGAUUCACCCCAAGGUCAUGGGGCGGCUCAUUGAGUUCGCGUACACUGCGAGCAUCUCUGUUGGUGAGAAGUGUGUGAUUCACGUGAUGAACGGGGCCGUCAUGUACCAGAUCGACAGCGUGGUGAAGGCCUGUUGCGAUUUCCUCGUGCAGCAGCUCGACCCAAGCAACGCCAUCGGCAUCGCCAACUUUGCCGAGCAGAUCAGCUGCACAGAGCUUCAUCAGAAGGCCAGAGAAUACAUCUACAUGAACUUCAGUCAGGUGGCUACGCAGGAGGAGUUCUUCAACCUUACUCAGUGCGAGCUGGUGACGCUGAUCAGCCGCGAUGAGCUGAACGUGCGCUGUGAGUCCGAGGUGUUUCGUGCGUGCGUGGAGUGGGUUCAGUACGACCGCGAGAACCGCCGGCCAUUUGUGCAGGCGCUACUGCAGGCCAUCCGCUGCCACUCACUCACACCGAACUUCCUGCGGCGGCAGCUCGAGCACUUCGAGUGGGACGCUCAGAGUAAAGAUUACCUGUCCCAGAUCUUCCAGGAUCUCACGCUGCACAAGCCCACCAAAGUCAUUCCCUGCCGGACGCCCAAAGUCCCACAGCUCAUCUACACAGCCGGCGGAUAUUUCCGCCAGUCGCUCAGCUACCUGGAAGCAUUUAACCCCUGCACUGGUGCGUGGCUGCGAUUGGCCGAUCUGCAGACACCCCGCAGCGGGCUGGCAGCGUGCGUCAUCAGUGGUCUGCUGUACGCGGUGGGCGGGAGGAAUAACGCUCCGGACGGCAACAUGGACUCCAACACGCUGGACUGCUACAACCCGAUGAAUAACUGCUGGCUGCCCUGCGCGCCCAUGAGCGUCCCGCGCAACCGCAUUGGUGUGGGCGUCAUCGACGGCAUGAUCUACGCAGUGGGCGGCUCGCAUGGAUGCGUCCAUCACAACAGUGUGGAGAGAUAUGAUCCGGAGCGAGACUGCUGGCAGCUAGUGGCGCCUAUGCUGACGCGGCGUAUCGGUGUAGGUGUGGCCGUGAUCAACCGUCUGCUGUACGCAGUGGGCGGCUUCGAUGGGACUCACCGGCUGAGCUCUGCCGAAUGCUACAACCCCGAGAAAGAUGAAUGGAGGAGUGUGGCGUCCAUGAACACAGUCCGCAGCGGCGCAGGUGUGUGUGCGCUGGGGAACUACAUCUACGUGAUGGGCGGAUACGACGGGACGAAUCAGCUGAACACGGUGGAGCGAUACGAAGUGGAGACGGACAGCUGGAGUUUCACAUCAUCCAUGAGACACAGACGCAGCGCGCUGGGAGUGACGGCGCACCACGGGCGCAUUUAUGUCCUGGGUGGGUAUGAUGGGAACACGUUCCUGGACAGCGUGGAGUGUUUUGACCCUGAAACAGACACAUGGACUGAGGUCACCAACAUGACGUCCGGCCGCAGCGGGGUCGGAGUGGCCGUAACCAUGGAGCCGUGCCAAAAGGGCCUGAGCCCGUGUCAGAAACACUAGCGUCGCCUCCGUCUCUGCUCAUUAAAGAUCUGUCUCUCUUUCUCUCUCUCUCUGUCCUAGCCAGUGUCAUUAGCGCACAGUAAAUCUGUUGUUCUAGAUGAACUUCAGUGUCAGUGCACCAGGAGAUCUCUGAACAUCACGCACUUUGAGGCUCCUGCCUGUUUUGUUUGCAUUGCCAGUCGAGCAAAUGUGAAGGUUAAUCGUGCAGCAGCCUCUUCAAUUCAGUUGUGUGGAUGUCUACCUCCUUCCUGAGCCGAAUAAAGUGCCAUUACGCCACCACCACAGUAUGUCUGAGGGCUCGAACCGCUCACAGUGCCAGAGAUGCCCGUUUGCUCAAUAAUACGUCACCGAGGUUUGAGCUGUGUGAACAGAGAUGGCCAAAACAAAUCCUGACCUAACAGACACUUCAGUUGAAAAUCAGUUUCUGAUUAAGCUGUUCGAAUGAUUUUGUAUUCAGUAUGUACAAACAUACAAGAAAGUUUUUACUAAUGAAAUGAGAUGUGAAAUGUUUCCAGAUUUAUCUAACUGUAUUCCAGCCUACAAAGGCAUUAGAUGCCAAUGUUGUUUAUGCUCAAAUGAAAGCUGAUUUUCACAGGCUGAUAAAACAAUGUAUUUGUAAAAACCAAUUUAAGCUGCUUUUCCAGGGAUUUUGUACAUUGGUAUAUUGCAUGAAGUCUUGUUUUUUUUUCUUUCUUUCUUUUAUUUAUUUGAAAUAUUGUCCCUUUGCUAUAUUGGUUGAUGCUGGCUUCUCAAUGGACUGAACUGGGGCUCAUUUUUACAAAUUAAUUUUUUGUUUGAAAAGGGAUGCUUUUUCCUUUGAAUCACUCAAAAUUAAAUAUAAAGGAUUAUUUAAAGUCUGCUUUGUAAAUUUUACAGCAUUGAAUACCUUGUACAAAACAUUGUAUAUUAAAAGCAUAUGAUUCUUGCA